AUGCUUGCUCAAUUCAUUCUGGUCAGCAAAUUAAUCGGCGUUAUUCUACGCAAAGCUCUCUUCCAACUACGAUGGAACCUCCACCGUAUCAUCCAUAAAUACACCUAUAAGAAAGGCGACAAGAACAUCGUGGUCAUCGGCGCCUCAUUUGCCGGAUACCACACUGCACGCUGUCUCGCCAACUCCCUGCCAACGGGGUAUCGCGUGGUGGUGAUUGAGAAGAAUCCCCAUUUCCAAUUAACAUGGGUUCUCCCGCGCUUUUCGGUGGUCGCAGGCCAUGAGCAUAAAGCGUUUAUUCCGUACUCGCCAUACAUCAAGGCUCCUGACGGUGCAUGUGUGUGGAUUCACGACUCUGUGGCUGCGAUUGAGCCCCAGGAGGGGGCUGGGCGAGUGCAGCUUUUGUCGGGGGAGUGGAUUGACUAUGAAUAUCUGGUGAUUGCAACGGGAUGUACGGCUGAGCUUCCCUCGCGGGUGAACUGGAAUUCCAAGGAAGAGGGCAUGAUUGCUCUUCAGGGACAGCAGAGCAGGUUUGAGUGCGCGAAUGACAUUGUGGUUAUCGGUGGGGGUGCAGCUGGGGUGGAACUGGCGACGGAUCUCAAGUCGUAUUACCCUGACAAGAAUGUGACGCUGAUUCACUCGCAUUCGAUGUUACUGGGGAAUGGGUUUGGGGCGAAGAUCCACGAUGUGGUUCAGAAGGAGAUGCAGAGGUUGGGGGUGGAUCUGGUGUUGGGGGAAAGGCCUGCUAUUCCAGACGAGUUGACUGGAGAUCUGGUCUUGAAAGAUCGAACGAUUCAUUAUGACUGUUUGGUCAAAUGCAUUGGCCAGAAGCCCAACACCGAUUUCUGUCGGUUCUUAGAUUCCAGUUCUUUCACCUCGUCGGGUCAUCUUCGAGUUCAAGAGACUCUGCAGGUGCACGAUGAGAGACACCGGAAUGUAUACGCUGCCGGGGAUGUGAUUAACGAGAGCAUCAAGAAUGGACGCUCGGCGAUCGAACAGGGACAGGCGGUUGCUGAAAAUAUUCUGCGGUCUAUCCAGGGCCGGUCACUGAUCCAAUAUCGACAGCAGUGGUGGGAGGGAUUAACCAAGGUCACUCUUGGACUGGUGAGUAUUCUUAUGCGUAUGAAGGUGGUUUAUUAA